AUGAGCGAAUCUACAGGGUAUCUAUACAGGUUCACAACUAUCGCUGAAGCACUUGAGCAGACUCUUGAUCAAUUCUGUAGCACCAGAGAAAUCGACUUAGACACCAAGCAAAGGUUUCUUGAGACUUUUCAAAGCGUUUUCCAAAAUGUAAUGGACAAUAAAGCAACGAAAUCCUGCAUGAUAACAGGACAUUUAGAUACUUAUCAGCAUCUAGAUGGCAUUUGGAAUUUCUAUAUAAAAGAUGCUACAUUAAGAUCAGAAACGGACUAUAUAAACUCAAACAUGCUGAAAAUCAUUGCUCUAGAUGCAACACCACAAAAUGAAAAAGGUAAACCACGCAAAAGGCAAAAGAUGGCUUAA